AUGGACUUUUCACAAUUCAACGGUACCGAGCAGGCUCACAUGACCAAGGUCAUUGAGAAGAAGCAGAUGCAAGACUUUAUGAGGCUCUACUCUGGUCUCGUCGAAAAGUGCUUCAAUUCGUGUGCUCAGGACUUUACCACCAAGUCGCUUUCUUCCAACGAAACUACAUGUGUCCAGAACUGUACCGACAAGUGGUUGAAGCACUCUGAGAGGGUUGGAGCGAGGUUUGCCGAGCACAACGCUGCGCAAAUGCAAGGCCAAUAA